CUAGUUUGAGCGGCGAUCCCAUAGUCUCGCUUUCUCUCUAUAGCUAUCACGAGAAAGCAAAGACGACAACACCAAGUCCUCACAUCAAUGCCUCUCCCUUUCUCUUUCUCUCCUUCGCCACCUUUCCUUUGUUUUCACUUCUCCCUCUCUCUCUCUCUCUCUCUCUCUCUCUCUCUCUCUCUCUCAUGUGAAUACGUUGCACGUUGAUCAUUUUCCGUCAACUUUUUGGUUUCAUGGAUAUUAAAACCUUUCUCCUUAGGAAUUUUAUUUUUGAUCAUGCGAUGUGGGUUUUGAUCAGCUGCUAUAUUUUUGUGGGUUUCAACAGACUUCAGUGAGGGAGAGGUCUAAAUUAUAAUGGAGAAGAAGAAGUAUCCGAUUGGGCCGGAGUAUUACACACUGUAUGAGGAGGUUGGGCAGGGUGUUAGUGCUUCCGUGCUCCGUGCUGUCUGUAUACCCUUCAAUGAGGUUGUUGCAAUUAAAAUUCUUGAUUUUGAACGUGAUAACUGUGAUCUGAAUAACAUUUCCCGUGAGGCACAAACAAUGAUCUUGGUUGACCAUCCAAAUGUUCUUAAAUCACAUUGCUCCUUUGUCAGUGAUCAUAAUCUAUGGGUUGUCAUGCCAUACAUGGCUGGAGGAUCUUGUCUUCAUAUAUUGAAGGCUGCAUAUCCUGAUGGUUUUGAGGAGGUAGUUAUAGCAACAAUUCUUCGUGAAGUGUUGAAAGGUUUAGAGUAUCUUCAUCAUCAUGGGCACAUACAUCGGGAUGUUAAAGCUGGGAAUAUUCUCAUUGGUGCACGUGGUGCAAUCAAGCUGGGAGACUUUGGUGUUUCAGCUUGCAUUUUUGAUUCAGGUGAUAGGCAACGCAUGAGGAAUACAUUUGUGGGGACACCUUGCUGGAUGGCACCUGAGGUUAUGGAACAGCUACAUGGUUAUGAUUUCAAGGCAGAUAUCUGGUCGUUUGGCAUAACUGCACUGGAGCUUGCUCAUGGCCAUGCGCCAUUCUCGAAAUAUCCUCCAAUGAAGGUAUUGCUUAUGACCUUGCAAAAUGCACCUCCAGGCCUAGAUUAUGAAAGAGAUAGGAAGUUUUCUAAGUCUUUCAAGCAAAUGAUUGCUAGCUGCUUGGUUAAAGAUCCUAACAAAAGACCUUCAGCAAAGAAAUUACUAAAACAUUCUUUUUUCAAGCAAGCCAGGUCAAAUGAUUAUAUAGCACGAACACUUCUAGAUGGAUUGCCCGCUCUUGGUGACCGAAUCCAGGCAUUGAAGAGAAAGGAAGAAGACAUGCUUGCACAAAAGAAAAUGCCAGAUGGUGAAAAGGAAGAACUAUCACAGAAUGAAUAUAAACGUGGGAUAAGUGGAUGGGAUUUCAAUCUUGAAGAUAUGAAAGCUCAGGCUUCCCUGAUUCAGGAUGAGGACCUUAUAUCUGACACUAUCCAAGGAGGAAGCUCAAGUUCUUUAUCUACACUUGAUGGACAAGAUAAGCAAUCAGAAAGUCAAACGUCUUUUCAAGCGACAGACAAGGAAGAUAAUGAUCUGGUCCAGAAUCAGUCGGCUCCUCUUGCAGCAGUUGAACCAACAAUAAAUUUUGCCAAAAUUAGAUUUGAAAGAUCUGAUGAUGAUCCAAGUGUGGCUAGUCCUUCUCCUGAACUGAAUGUGAUUUCACCUUGUCACGAUGAUCAUGUUGAAAGUAAUCUGGGUGAAAAGCCUGUUUUGGAGCUCAAUGGAAAAUCUUCUGAUAGUAUGAACAAACCUUCUUAUCAAACGACAGCACCAUUUUUAGGAAGCUCCAGUAUACCACAAACUAAUGUUCUUCCAAUUAAAGGAGAAAGCGAUAAGCAAAACCAGCUGCAGAACAUUUCUGGUGGAAAUGUGGCAGGAAUUCCUGCUGGAGGGGAGGAUACUAUUUCCGAGCUUCCUUCUAAGGCAUCUAAAUCAUCAGCAGUGAACAGCGAUGAUCUUGAUGAGAGAGCAAAGCCUCCCAUUGUUCAGCAAAGGGGACGUUUUAAAGUUACAUCUGAGAAUGUUGAUUUGGAAAAGGUUAUCGCAUCUCCUAUACUACAAAAGAGUCACAGCAUGCAGGUUGGUAAUUUCGAGUUGCUCACCGCAAAUCCUGUAGUUUCACUUGCACCACCAUCUGAAGCUGCAUCAUCAACUACUGCUGCCCAUCAUCUUUUCCCAUUGGUGCAAGCUGUUUUACAGACGAACAUUCUUCAAAGGGAAAAUAUUCUCAAGGUGAUGAAGCAAAUUUCUGCUGGUGACUCUACAGCCAACCGUGCAUUUGAGGGAGUAUACAUGCUAGCUAAUGGGGCUGUCUCUGAGAAAUCUUUGUUGGAAGUAGCUCAUGACAGGGAGAAAGAAUUACUUCAUGAAAUAACCGAGUUAAAAUGGAGGCUGAUUUGUGCCCAAGAAGAACUGCAAAAAUAUAAAACAGAUAAUGCCCAGGGAUAAUUUUAUUUCUGACUGGAGCUUGAAUGGAGGUAGAACCUAUUUCUUAAACCAUAUGAUUCUAACCAUAGCUAAAAAGAGAAGAAAGAAACAAAUAUGAUGCAGAGACAUGAUAUGGCUAUUGGUAGCUCCAUAUUGUUUGUUUUCAAUUUUGUAUUAGCUGAAAAGUUUUUUUUUUUUUUUUUAUUCCAAAGCCCCCAACUUUGUUGUACAUUACUCUUAUAUUUUCUUUUCUAGACAUGGUCUGCGUAUAAGUUGUAAAUACUAAAUGUAGCUUUAACCUUAAUUUUAGGCAUAUUUUUCUAUUA